UAAUGACAAAUAAACAGAUAAUCUUACAGAAUCAUUAUGAAACCCGAUUGACUGUUCCUAGUAAAAACAGUAGAAUCAUCGUUGCCAACUGUCUGUUUGGUACGCCCUGGUGCUCUCUCUCUCUAGAAAAAGUUGUGGCCUUUCCCUGAGACCGUACAGAUCGGCUCAUCUCGAACCCGAAUCAAUACCCUUCAAGAUGCCUUCCCGAAGAAGAACGCUUUUGAAGGUUAUCAUCCUCGGCGACAGCGGGGUCGGCAAGACCUCGUUGAUGAAUCAAUAUGUAAAUAAGAAGUUCAGCAAUCAGUAUAAGGCCACCAUUGGAGCUGAUUUCUUGACCAAGGAAGUGCAGUUUGAAGACAGGCUAUUCACUUUACAGAUAUGGGAUACAGCUGGUCAGGAGAGAUUUCAGAGUCUGGGGGUUGCCUUUUACCGAGGUGCAGAUUGCUGUGUCCUUGUCUAUGAUGUAAAUGUGAUGAAGUCCUUUGAAAACCUAAACAAUUGGAGGGAGGAGUUCCUUAUUCAGGCAAGUCCUUCUGAUCCAGAAAAUUUUCCAUUUGUCGUGAUUGGCAACAAAGUUGAUGUUGAUGGGGGCAACUCUCGAGUGGUAUCUGAGAAGAAGGCAAAGGCUUGGUGUGCCACUAAAGGGAACAUCCCGUACUUUGAGACUUCUGCAAAGGAUGGCAUCAAUGUGGAAGCAGCUUUUCAAUGCAUUGCACAGAAUGCCCUAAAAACUGGGGAAGAGGAAGAAAUAUACUUGCCGGACACCAUAGAUGUUGGCGGGAGCAGCAACCAGCAGAGGCCAUCUGGAUGUGAGUGCUAAGUAAUUUGUUCAUUGUUUUGGGUAAACCGAGAUCUCCCCGUAGCACUAAGAAAAGUGUGGACAACUUGUGCCCCUGUGAUUUUAUUCUUUUUUUGUUGGUGUCCCUAUUUUAAUUUUUUCUUUAUGAGUUAUUUUGUUUGUGAAUUAAGCUUCCUUUGUACAUUUUUCUGUAUUGAGCCCCCGUGGUUGUUGAACGUAGUUGUUAAUGGAGUGUGGUACUCAAGUCAUAAUAACAUGUUGAUUCCCAGGUUCUGGAAUAUGUAUUGUUUAGAAAACUAGAGUUCCAAUAAAAAAUGUAUGUGUCGAC